ACAGGUGAACAUGCUGUCCCGGGGGAUUUCGCUUACAAAUCAACUUUGAUUCAACUGGUUAUGCAAACAGUGUCAUUAAUCUAGACGGGUGGCCAGUCAGCGGCGUGGAGUGUGGAGUGCUUCUCCUACCAGCGUGUAAAAUUACACUGUACUUGAAUAUAAAGGAUGGGCGGGAGUCAUUCUCCAGAGGGCACGGAGGGGCGAUUCUUUUUCUCUCGUCAGACCGCAACCUUCGCUCACUUACUCUCAGGACUGCCGUGCAUGCAGAGAGGACGGUCCCAGAAGAGCGCUAUGGAUUGAACAGGAACCAUCACACCAGCAGUUUGAAGAUCUUCCUGACAUCUGCUAAGGCGCAUAGGAGGGAGAGAGCUAGAGAGGAAGAGAGAGAGAGUAAGGGAGUGUGAGAGCGUGUGUCAGUGUAUGUGUGUGUGUGAGGGAUAGAGACGGGGAGAGAGGGGUUAGGUUGGACCAGGUGAUAGAGCCAUAACAAACCUCCAAGGAGCUGAUCGUUAAGAUCAGUGUGCACAGGAUUCCUGCUCCGAUCAUGGUGCCAGCACGCUGCCCCGGACCCCGUGCCAUGCUGGCACUUACUCUCCUCUUGGGAUGUGGCAUUGGGCUAUGCCACGGCCAGAAUGAAACGGAGCCCAUCGUUUUGGAGGGAAAGUGUCUGGUGGUGUGUGAUUCGAACCCUUCCUCCGACGGAGGUGUCACCUCUUCGCUGGGAAUAUCUGUCCGGUCUGGGAGCGCUAAAGUAGCUUUCUCCGCUGUCAGAGCAACAAACCAUGAACCAUCAGAAAUGAGCAACACUUCAAUGACGAUCUACUUCGACCAGGCUUUAGUGAACAUCGGUAAUCAUUUUGACCUUAAAGCCAGCGUAUUUACGGCGCCAAGAAGAGGAAUUUACAGUUUCAGCUUCCAUGUGGUUAAGGUGUACAACAGACAAACCAUACAGGUCAACCUGAUGCAAAAUGAAUAUCCAGUCAUCUCCGCGUUUGCUGGGGACCAGGACGUUACGCGAGAAGCGGCGAGUAACGGAGUUCUACUGAUGGUGGAGCGAGAGGAUCGUCUCUAUCUCAAACUGGAGAGAGGGAAUCUCAUGGGCGGAUGGAAGUACUCCACGUUUUCUGGGUUUUUGGUAUUUCCUCUAUAAUAACCUUGCCAAGGCGCACCGCGAGUGACUCCUCUGUGGAUGGAUGGGGAACCACGCAAAGGUCAGUUGUUCGAACAUGUCACCGAAGUGGACAAAUAGCUUACACGUUUAAAAUAUUCUUCAACGGACGAAUCUAUGGAGUUCAUAUUUCCAACCCAUUGGCCAAUGCAAUCCCGUGGAUAAAGGAAUCGAUCGGUCUGUGUGCUUCUACCCAAGACGGGCUACUGGAUUUUUAUUGUUGGGGGGAAACCAACUUUUGCCAAAAGACUUGAAGAGUGGUCUAAAAGAGAAGAUAUAUGAGAAGAAUAAGUCCCGAACCACAUGUAUUUAUUAAUGCUUUAUUUUGUGUUUGUAUAGCCUUAAGAAAUCUGGCCUCAGUCAAAUGAGAUAUAUGGAGUGACGGACGUACAUGUGUCAAGAAGUGCUUUUUCGCCCAAAGCAUUUUUGCACGAAUGGGAGAUCAUGUUUUUUGUGCUGUCCAUGGUGUUUCGUUUGGAUGCUGAACAUAUUGAAAAUAUGCGAAAUGUAGGCCGCCUACUAUAUUACAACAAAAGUCAUAUAACAGCCAAUGGAGACAUUUUAAUAAAAAGAAAAAAACUUUUACUAAACAUUUACCUAAUUUAUAAAAUACAUAUUCACAUUAUGGUGUGUUCUACAUUCCGGAUCUGCGUAGCUUUGACUGAUUUAGUGUUCAGUGACGUUGCUCACAACUGUAUAUUGUGAAAUAACAAAAGAAAAAAUCCCUAUAUGUCCCGCCUAAUAAAAAAUAUUGUAUUGUA